AUGAGACACGCUUUACUAUGUGACGAAUUGGAUAACAUUACUCGAUCGUACGAUUAUGGCAUCGUACCUGGCUCAGCAACUGUAUUUGUCAAGGACGAGCUGAACAACAUUGGACGCUUGGAUCUGACAUUGCUAGAGGGUGUUAUGAUUGUAGUUGAAGUUUCUGAGGAAGGCUACAAGGUGGGGUCAUGCUCGCCACUCUCAAGUACAGGCACUGCUCUUGCUACUGCUCAGAUCGUACAAAAGAACCUGGAAGUUCCCUUUGAAACCAUGGAUAAUUUAUUGAUGGCUGUUUCGCCCAUGUUUCGAGAAAGAUUUCAGCAGGCAUUGUACGAUAAGUUAGAGAGUGUUCAUCGACAUCAACAACAGCAAUCGCCUACAGUUCCCAUCACAUCAGCGACAUCUACUACAUCACCAUCAAUACCAUCAUUAGCAUCAGGUCCUUCAAUCCAACAACAUCAAACAUCGCAUAUACUAUUACAACAACCUUCAUUACUACAGCAAAAUACACACCUGCAGCAUCAACCGCAGCAGCAACCAUCUCAUAUGACACAGCAAUUGAUGCAUGAUCAAUCUACAUUGGAUAUAACUACUCAAGAAGUGUUGGAUGAUCUCCACAAUUGGAUACAUUAA